UGCUUCUGAGUAUGGGAGCCAGGAGUUCUCCAGGGGAGGGAACUGGCUGGAUGUAGCAAGCCAGGAGGACGACUCAGGUGACAAGCUAACCUCGUCCCCUGGCUGUUCCUGAGGCCGACCUUUUUGGGGGUUGCUCCAGUCAUUCUGGAGUUUAAAAAGAAUCAGCAAGUUUCACAGACUGAGAGUAAUUGCAUCUGCAUUAUCAGAAGAAUCCACAAUGCAUUCUGCAUUCACCACCACCCUCUUUGGAAAAGCACUCUCUUAUUAAAGGCAGUUUGGGACAAUCAGAAUCUCCCACAAGAAACCAUCAGUCAUUUGGAGCAAUGUUUGCAGAUUUGGACUAUGACAUUGAGGAGGACAAGCUGGGGAUUCCCACCGUGCCUGGGACGGUGACUUUGAAGAAGGACUCUCAGAAUCUGAUUGGGAUCAGCAUAGGUGGAGGAGCUCAGUACUGUCCCUGCCUCUACAUUGUUCAGGUAUUUGAUAACACUCCUGCAGCUCUAGAUGGAACUUUGGCAGCUGGUGAUGAAAUCACAGGCGUGAAUGGGAAGUCAGUCAAAGGAAAAACCAAAGUGGAAGUGGCCAAGAUGAUACAGGUGGUGAAGGGAGAAGUGACAAUACACUAUAACAAACUCCAGGCUGAUCCCAAGCAGGGAAAGACCUUGGAUAUUGUGCUGAAGAAAGUGAAGCAUCGCCUGGUGGAGAACAUGAGCUCAGGGACAGCAGAUGCCCUUGGACUAAGCCGAGCCAUCCUCUGCAAUGAUGGGUUGGUGAAGAGAUUAGAAGAGCUGGAGAGGACUGCAGAGCUAUACAAAGGCAUGACGGAACACACAAAGAGCCUCCUCAGAGCUUUCUUUGAACUGUCUCAGACGCAUAGAGCAUUUGGUGAUGUCUUCUCGGUCAUUGGUGUGCGGGAGCCUCAGCCAGCUGCCAGUGAAGCGUUUGUGAAAUUUGCAGAUGCCCAUCGCAGCAUUGAGAAGUUUGGAAUCCGCCUUCUGAAAACUAUCAAACCAAUGCUGACUGACCUGAACACCUACCUGAACAAAGCCAUUCCUGAUACAAGGCUAACUAUCAAGAAGUAUUUGGAUGUCAAGUUUGAGUAUUUGUCUUACUGCCUCAAGGUGAAGGAGAUGGAUGAUGAGGAAUACAGCUGCAUUGCGCUAGGAGAGCCUCUCUACCGGGUCAGCACUGGGAAUUAUGAAUACCGCUUAAUCCUGCGCUGUCGCCAGGAGGCACGUACGCGCUUUGCCAAGAUGAGGAAAGAUGUAUUAGAGAAGAUGGAGCUGCUAGACCAAAAACAUGUGCAAGACAUUGUGUUCCAGCUGCAGCGCUUUGUUUCCACCCUCUCCAAGUACUAUGACGACUGCUACGCUGUGCUGCGGGAUGCGGAUGUCUUCCCCAUAGAAGUGGAUCUGGCACGUACCACAUUGAGUUAUGGCCAGAAGGAUGUCUUCACAGAUGGGGCAGAGGAUGAGGAGGAAGAGGAAGGUGGUGGAAAUGGCGAAGGUACCAGGAAGGAAGAAGAGAAUGGUGAGAAACUCAUCGAUGAUGCUUGAGCUCAUAGACUUGACCAGGUGGAAAGUCCCUGCAGAGACUGAUAAAUUCUAUUUCUCUAGGCAGCUUGUCCAUGGUGACUUUUCUGUCUGUAUAAGUCCAGCCAGGGACUCAAGGCUCUGCUUUGGAUGUGGGCAGUUGGGGAUGGCUUGUGCCCGAAGUGCUCAUGCACAAUCCCUCUUCCAAAAACAGUUUCCUCAUUCCUUGUUUGACUCCCUGGCUUUUCCUGGAAUCCCAUUGCCCAUUGAAAGUGACAGGAAGGACUUGACUACCUGGGAACACCCCUCGGCCCUCAUCUCAGCAUGGCUUCCUGGGCAGAGGUGCUGUAUUGUGUGUGCAAGGGACACACACAUUUCCAUUAACUUAAAUUUCAGGGGAAUGGUUAUUGUGAUCAACCCUACCUUCUUGUGUGUGAGUGUUAAUAAGUCAAGGCCAUUUGUCCUCCAUUCUGGCAUCUAGGGGGUGGGAAACAGGCCAAAAGAUUUUGAUUUCUUCCUGCUCCUUCCACUUUUAAUCCUUAACUAGGUUUCUGUCAGUAGCUAGGUUUAAGACUGAGAAUAUGUCCCUUUCCUAUUCAUAUCAGACAAGAAAGGAAGCUAGGUUAAUGUAAGCUGGGUGACACCUUGGAGAGUCCAACCAUUAGAAGGACAUCCAGAAGAAUCAGUCUUGGUCUAUCAUUAUCCCCAACAAGAUCAAGUCAGUAUGGAUAGGUAAAAUGGAACUUGACACUGGGUUGAAUUACCCUGGCCUGUGUUCCCUGCUGGAGUCCAUUUGCAAUGACCCAUGGUUGGCCUUAACCAAAUACAGUCCUUAAGGAUCACACAGCCUGCCUUGUAGACCCUUCUGCAUAGGUGCUCAGCUGCAUAAUCUUUUCUAAAACUUAAGCCUUAUACAGUAUUUAACAAGCUGUUAUAUUUGAAAGCUUUAUAUCUGGAGGGGGGAAGUGGUGUGUGUGGAAGGUGGUCUUCGAAUGGCUGAGGUUAAAGAUGAAACCACUACUUUAAGCAUUAAAGCUCUCAAUUCUGACCUUGGACUUUCUUUACACCUACACAGUUACCUUUAUUCUUUAUGAAAUGCUACUUCUGGGAACAGGGAGCCUAUUCUGUGAGCAGCAAACCAGUGCCCCAGCCCCCCUCACUCACGUAUACAAAGCUUCCCAACACCAAAGGAAGCAGCGGGUUGGGGUGGGGGUGGGCUUCUUUGUUCUCUAGGGAAUUCUGAUGAUCCUCUGAGUUUUCUAAUGGAAUAGGUUAGCAUUUGUCCUGAUUAGUAAGAGAGUUUUUUGGGGGGGAAGGGGCAUUGACUUCUCCUCCUCUCUAUACAGUUUGUGCUAACUGGCAAGGAGAGAAGCUAUACACUUAUGGCAUAUAAGCAUUAAUUUAUGGCAUUAAUUUAUGGCAUAUAAGAUUCCCUUUGGGGUUUUGUUUUUGAUAUCCAUUGCCUCUUUCUUGUUGUGAAUGGUCACAACAAGUCCAUGUGGGUCCAGGGUGCUCUUCAGUGGCUUUUACAUGUCAAGUGGUGUGACUAAUAAAGACAAAUGUGAACUUU